AUGAAUUUAGAAUUAUUAGGUAAGACAGAGUCAUUUGGUCAAAAUUACCCAGAGGAGUUUGAUGGCACGUUGGACUGUAUAUCAUUAGCAGUUACUUGCACAUUUAAUAAAAGGGGAACUCUUCUUGCUGUUGGAUGUAACGAUGGUAGAAUUGUUAUAUGGGAUUUUUUAACUCGUGGUGUUGCAAAAAUUAUCAGUGCACAUGUUCAUCCUGUAUGCUCAUUGAGCUGGUCUAGAAAUGGACAUAAAUUAUUAAGUGCCUCUACAGAUAACAAUGUUUGCAUAUGGGAUGUUCUAUCUGGAGAAUGUGAUCAAAAAUAUAGAUUUCCUUCCCCCAUAUUAAAAGUCCAAUUUCAUCCAAGAAAUCUUAAUAAAUUUUUAGUAUGUCCAAUGAGGCAUGCAGCUGUAAUGGUUGAUGUUGAGGGUACACAUAGAGUUAUACCUCUUGAUGACGAUAGUGAUUUAAAUAUAGUGGCAUCUUUUGAUCGUCGAGGAGAUUAUGUGUAUACUGGAAAUGCUCGUGGUAGAAUUUUAGUUCUUGAUGCAGAGUCAUUGAUUGUAAAAGCUUCUUAUAAAAUAUCACAAGGCACAGCUAGUAAUACAGCUGUAAAGAGUAUUGAAUUUGCUAGACGUGGUUCUUGUUUUCUAGUGAAUACAUCAGACAGGGUGAUUCGUGUGUAUGAUAGUACUGAAGUAUUGGCUUGUGGAAAAGAUGGUGAACCUGAGCCAAUACAAAAGUUACAAGAUCUUGUAAAUAAGACUAUGUGGAAAAAAUGUUGUUUUUCUGGAGAUGGAGAAUAUGUAUGUGCUGGAUCUGCGAGACAACAUGCUUUGUAUGUAUGGGAAAAAAGUAUUGGAAACUUAGUAAAAAUUUUACAUGGAACUAAAGGAGAACUAUUGCUGGAUGUAGUUUGGCAUCCAGUGAGACCAAUUAUUGCUUCUAUAUCAUCUGGUGUUGUUUCUAUUUGGGCACAAAAUCAAGUUGAAAAUUGGUCUGCAUUUGCUCCAGAUUUUAAAGAAUUAGAUGAAAAUGUUGAAUAUGAAGAAAGGGAAAGUGAAUUUGACUUGAGUGAUGAAGAUAAAUCUGUGGUACAAGGUGAAGAGGCCCAGGAUGAAGAAAUAGAAGUAGAUGUUGCAUCUAUAGAUAGAGUAGCUGCGUUUUGUAGUUCUGAUGAAGAAAUGGAAGAUGUAGGUUCAUUGCAGUUUUUACCAAUAUCACCAGAUGUAGAAGAUUCAGAAGAUAAUCAAACAACAACGCAUGAACCACCUGUAAAAAAACACCGUUCUCAUGAUAUUCACUUACAAGGAGCACCAGUAGAUGAAACUCAUCCAUUAUUGAAUAAAGGUAAAGACAAACCAACAACUAAAAAGGGAAGACCGAGAUUGGAACAUAGGAAAGGGAAAUAA